UCCGCGUGGUUCCUUUAAGGGCGUUUCAGGAAGUGUGCUGCGCGUGCCCGCUCCGUAUGAAGAAGUGUUGCUGGUCUCUGUUUGACGAAGAGACGGAUGUGUUUGGAAACGGUGUGAAAUGACGCUGUCACUAUGCUUUUCUGUGUCCUGUGCAUUCUAAUCGUCCCCCAAGUGCUUUCUGAAGCCCCUCCAGCACCCCCACACAACGUCCGUGUACAUGAUUGGCUGCUGACAUGGACUCCUGCCGCUGAGGAUGGAGAUGUCACCUACACUUCUCAGUACAGCAGCUUCAACAGCCUUAAGUGGACAAAUGUUCUACACUGUGUCCGCACAUCUUUAAAUUCCUGCAAUGUCCAUUCCACCAAAGCUGGGAGCAUGCACGACUGCGUGAAGCUGCGCGUGCAAGCAGAGAGGCAUGGACGGACCUCCACAUCAGUCGAGGCCUGUAGCGAACAGGGUCUCCUCUGUACUCCAGGCUUUAAUCUCACUGCAAGGUCUGGCUCCCUCAUUGUACCUUUGACUGAGGAAAACUCCCUAGCUCAGAAUUAUGCCCACAAUUCAAAGUACAGGGUUUACUACGGCAAGGAAGGAGAGCCCCUCCAGGAUUAUAAAGAUGAUGUGGCCUCAGUGACCAUCAAUGAGCUGCAGGAGGGACAGCGGUACUGUGCUAAGGUGCAGUACCUGUACUACAAACACACUGUGGGAAUGCCCUCAUGUGCCCAGUGUAUGCUCAUCCCCCACUCAGGCUCCAGCCACGCAGAGAUCAUAGUCCCUGUGUUGUUUCUGUUCGUCCUCUUUGCGUUUGUUAUGAUGGCGUACUUAUACAUCUUCCAGAGUGGGAGAGUCAAGCGGUUUUUGCGACCUCCGUGCAGGAUCAGAGAAGACUUACUUGAGCCAAUUCCCGAGGACCGCCUUCCAAUUCACAGCAGCCCCUCCUCUGAGGAGCACUUUGAUGUCAUUACUUCCAUGACCCCAGUAUAGUGCAGAGAAUUAAACAGCUUCUGCACUACUCUUUCUCUAAGCGGUCUUCUGAUUUUGCUGUGUGGCGAUUAGACCUGAACACUGAGCUGCUCCCUGAAGACACACUAUUUGCUGGAACGGAUUUAAACUCAUUACAGGUGAUGAUUAGAUGUCAAGUUGAAAUGUGAUUGCUGAGGAGGUUUAAUAAGGUCUAGAUUUAGCAUUCCCUCCAGAACAGCACAAUGAUAAGACUGAACCUCAAGUGCUCAAUCUCAUCUCCACUAGAGUUCAUAGCUCCCCCCCGUUACUAUCCACUCUAAUUCUUUCUUCGAUAUGGCUGCAAGAAUUGUAGGGAACUACAGACAUAAGGACUGUUCUAAGUAGCAUGUCUGAACCUUGGAAUGAGCAUUCAUCUUUAAAAUACCUACAGGAGAACAAUUCCAAAUUGUGGAAAAAGUCUACCUAUCCCUGGGUACCUAUGUAGAGCCACAGAUGGAGAACAUUGUUCAGGUAAGAUCAACAGUUAAACCUUAGCCCCCCCCAUGUUGCGAUAAUAAUCACAUUAUAACGUUGCUUUAUAUGCAUUAAUGAACCACAUUAAAACACUCAUGACUUUUUUUAAAGGAGAACCCCCAAAUCCUCAAAUGUAGCACAGCUCCUUUUAAGAUGAGUUUUUUUUAAUCUAAGAGAAGAUUGUGUCUGAACUUUAUGAAACCAUGACUAACAGCGGACCUGAGGCCCCCUGAGACAUGCUCACUGCUGGAAAUAUAGCAGUCAGUUACCAACCACUGCCACAGAGCUGUAUAGUCCUUAAAGCAGAAACAAUGGAAUGAUCACCUUUAUACUCUGGCCCCGGCUGGAGACUGCGAUUCUGUUGAAUGUCCACCAGUGUAGAUUUUCUAAUCAUGAUGUUGCUUUUGUCUGAUGCAAUUUCUUCUGCAUCAAGGUCUUUCUAUGAUGCUUAACUUUACUAACUCACAAUAAAUGACCUGAUGUAAAGCACAGAAA